AUGACAGAGUCACGCAUGCAAGCUGCCUUGCUAAGAGAGAACCCUCGCGUAUUUCGAAAGAGCUUUUUGAAAUUGUACGGAUGCAUUUUUGUUGGAUACUUGUGUUCAGCAACAAAUGGAUUCGACUCCAACACUUUUGGAGGCUUAUCGGCUAUCCCUCAGUUUACUAAAUACUUUGGCAUCGACACCCAUAAUCAAGGCCUUGUUGCAGCUCUAUAUGUCAUAGGCAACAUAGCAGGCUCUUUCUUUGCUGGGCCUUGCUCCGACACAUAUGGCCGCCGUGUAGGCAUGGCUAUUGGAUCGGCCAUCUGCGUGGUUGGUGCCAUUCUCCAGACUGCUGGUACAAAUUUGUCCAUGCUCAUGGGAGGCCGAUUCAUUCUAGGCAUGGGUGCAGUGCUUGUUCAAACAGCUGGUCCCAGUUAUGUCGUGGAAAUGUCUUAUCCCAAAUAUCGUGCCCAACUUACCGGUGGUUAUCAAGCUUGCUUUUUCCUUGGUACCAUAGUGUCAACUUGGCUGGAAUAUGGAUUGAAUCAUGCCAAAACUACACUUUCGUAUCCUUGGAGACUUCCUCUUGCGAUCCAGGGUCUACCAUCUGUCAUUAUCUUAUGUGCCGUUUGGUUUAUCCCUGAAAGCCCCCGAUGGUACGUGGGUCAAGGACGAAUAGCUGAAGCUAAAAGUAUUCUCAUCAAGUAUCAUGGUGAUGGAGACCCAGAUGCUCUUGUCGCGAAUCUCGAACUACAAGAGAUGAUCGAAGUCAUUGAACUUGAUGGUUCCGAUAAACGGUGGUGGGAUUUUAGGUCGCUAUUUAACACCAGAGCAGCACGGUAUCGGACCUUUCUCGUUACUUGCAUCGCCUGGUUCGGAGAACUCGACUUGCCGCCGACGAGUUAUUACUUCCCGCUAAUGGUCAAGACGGUGGGUAUCACGGAUGUCAAUACCCAGCUGCUCUUAAACGCGAUCCAAACUCCAGUCAUGGCGGCUGCCGCACUCUGUGGACUUAGUGUUGUGCAUAAAUUUGGUCGCCGCAAACUUCUCAUGUUUUCCAGUGCUGGAAUGUCGGUGUCCAUUGCAAUCAUAACGGCGUGCACUGCUCUACAGGCGGGGAGACCUGCCGUCGGCGGGACUGGCAUCGCCUUUCUGUACAUUUUCCUCAUCGUUUUCGCUUUUGCCUGGACUCCAAUGCAAUCGCUCUACCCGGUCGAGGUUCUCUCUUUCAAUUCCAGAGCAAAGGGCAUGGCUUAUUUGGCAUUUAUGAACAAUGCCGUCAAGGUCAUGAACACGUACGUUCCACCAAUUGCCAUCGCCAAUGCCGGCUGGAGAUAUUACCUCCUUUACGUCUUUUGGGACGCGUUUGGCGUCGUCGUCAUUUAUUUCUUCUUCGUUGAAACGAGGGGCUGGAGCUUGGAAGAAAUUGAAGACCUGUUCCAAGCAAAGAACCCUGUUAAAGCAAGUCUUGAGAAGAAGAACAUUAGCGUCGCACAUGAUGGAACCAUCACACAUGUUCAAGAUAAUGGAAGCGAUGCUUGA